UGCAACCUCAUUUUCAAGAAUGCCUACACAAUAACUAGUUACGCUGCCCAUAACUAGCCCAGGGGAUUAAAGCCACAAUGUGUGACCACAUCCGUAGUUAGGAGUGGAGCGUGUCAAACAUCCCCAACUUUCCCCUAACCAUACUACAGAUAUAUUGCGGUCAAGGAGUUCUUCGGGGGUGGUUUUGCAACUAUGGAUCGUGCCAGCACUCGCCAGAUUCGGUCUGCCUGUGACCGGUGCCACUCGCAGAAGCUUCGAUGCGAGAGACAGCAAGGCGGCCACAGCUGUUUGAGAUGCUCUCGGACUGAGGCCCCGUGUGUCUACAGCGUACGGCAGCCGAGGACUGUAUUUCGACCGCCCCGCCCUCGUUCAAAAAGGCGAAGAACACAGGAUCGUGUUGAGGAUGGAGAUGGCAGCCGGGAACUAAAUAUGAACACUCAACUCGAGAACCCCUUUGGCAGUGCGGUUGCUGAAGAGACGCCCGAUGGCACAUACCCGGCAGCUUUCGACCCUACAUUUGGCCAAUGGCCUGAAACUCUCCAGUUGCCUCAAGACAUAUCAGUUCCAGUGUGUGAUCAGUUGUCACUUCCGGACUUCAGCAACAGUUUUGUUGAACCCAUCCUGCCCAUCCCUAGCCAAACUUUGACAGACAGGAGUCAGGCCAUACCUCGCAUUCUGGAGGAUAGACCAAGCGUGACGCUUCAGCACGUUCGAAAGUUGGCAGAUUUAAAUGUAAAGCUGUGUGAGCAUGUCGCAAAAAUGCCACUUGUCUCUGCUAACCUAUCCGAGGUACAAAUCUUGGUUGCCAACCGCAUUUUUGAGAUUGACGAAACCUUUGGUCUCAUCCAAACCUUGCUAGAUGUCACAAGUGACAUUUAUUCGCAUAGUAUCUUGCCAUCCGAAAAACGACCUCCCGCAGAAGGGAUCUUGCCAACCCCCUCGUCAUCGUCUUUAUUUUCUCACAACAACCAAAAGGAUCAACCAUCCGCCGCCACGAGCCCAUCAGCAGGCACCAGCCCAGAUAGCUACGUUCCAGAUCGAGCCACCUUUCUCCUCAUAUUGUCCUGCUACGAUCGCGUGAUGGACAUCUGCCAGUGUCUUUUUAUUCAUAUCGAAUGCUGCAUCAAAAACCUCGCUACACCCAUGGGAACUGAAGCACAGGUUGCGCAGUUACCAGAACUCAGAAUCGGAUCCUACAAACCCCCCAUUUCGUCCGCGGUUGCCAUGAAAAUGUUCCUCUUCCAUACCAUGGCACGUCAACUUCUCGUGCAGCUGCGGACCGUUUUGGGGGCACACGAGUCCAAAACCACCGCCACCACCACCACUGCAGCCGGGAGAGAGGGGCAGGAACGAGAACGGGGCAUGAAUGUUCUUAGAGACGGGACAGACGGAUAUUGUACGCGGCCGUUCGGGGACGACAGCUACCGAGGUCGGCACGCCGAUAUUCCACAAGGCUACUACUGCUAUACGAAUGCAGAAGCUACACCACGUAUUGACCUUGUAGACAAGAGUCGCCAUGAUAUAUUGACUCGCGCCUGUGGGAUAUCUGAACAGGUUACCAGUAUAGGGAAAUUGCUGAUGGAUAUGUCAAUCCCCAGUCAGAUAUUUCGCCCUGAUCAAUUGUGAGAAUAAGGGCUGGACUGUAAUCGCCAACCAUGCAAUUCCAAUUCUGCAACAUGGAGGACGGAACUUGCCCAUGAUUCACGGUCUUUAUCACGUAGAUUUUAAGAUUGGGGGGAUGAAAAAACUGAAAAGCCGGCCUAAAUCGGCACCACAACGCAGGGGAUUCUCUAGCUAGGACCUAGAGCGACAAUUGCCAGACAGACAGACACGAGAUCAUCGACACGCUUCCUGAACCCUUCAAAAUCCCACUUAAUCCACAGUGUAAUUUGGCCACACUGAUUGGAAGUAGCUCCGCGUCGUUUGUUCAUUGCCAUUCAUUCCUCCAUCAAAAAACGACAUCAUCAAAAUUGAGGACUUUUUAAAGUUUUUUCGGCUUUCUGCGUCUAGGUUCAUAGUCGGUCCUUCGCCUCUUCAGUUAAGCAUUCAACGCCUUGCUUUUCAGUAUCGUGUAAAAAGGUUUGCCCCUUGCGGCCAAAUCAAUCGUUCGUCACAUGGGAUCUCAAGCCCUUAACCUCAUCCAAAGUUGGCGGCAAGAUGUUGGUGAUAGCAACGGAUUCACGAUAACAGCUUCAAGUGUAUAUAGCCUAGAGCUGGUAAUCAACAGAUAUAAGCCCCACUGGCUUAGUGAGUCGGUGACAUCAUCGACGAACUUCAAUAUCGAAGUCGACAACAAAAAAAAUGCAUAUGCCAGCACCAGUUCCUCCUACCGCGGAGUUUUACCAACACAUUCCAUGGAGGAGAUCAAAGAUUUACCUAGUAUAAGAUGAGAAAACGUGAAAAUGCUCACAGUCACAUUGCUUCCUCACCUCCCCACACGCAACACACAUCUCGCUUUUGAGAACACAGAAAAUAUUUUAUUUUGCCAAUGCCAAGAACAAUAUAGAAGCAAGAUGCUCACUUCCGAUCUGCGGGCCACAAAAAACGUUUUUUUUUUUUAUCUCACACUGAUAUAUAAAUUCCUCUUUUUCUAUCGCUUUGUGCCCUUUGGAUAAUCUAUUUGAAAAGACGUUCUGGCUUUUCUUCGUUAAUAUAAAUCCCGCCGAAAAAAUAUAAAUUUACCACAUUAAUUCCAUAAAGGACAUUUAACACCGGCCCCUUUUAUGCAUAUAAU